AAAAUAAGGGGGGAACAAUUCAGUAUUUUCUUAAAUAAGAAGGACUUGAUUGAAAUCUAACUUUCCUCCCUCUGUUUAUACUUGAUGGUACAAUCCAAACACUCGCUAUCAAACGGCGUCAAAACUAAACUCCAAUUACCCCAAUUACCCUCACCGGAAUCCCGAUGGACCCCACGGCAGGCGGCUCUACUCCCGCCACCGGCGCCAUGGACGUCCCAAUCGCCACGACGGCGGCCGCAUCCGCCGCCGAUUUGUCCUCGACGACCGCCUCCGCCGCCGAUUUCUCGCGGUGGACCUUCCCGAUCUCGCAGCGGUUCCAGCACCUCCUGGACAAAUCGACGCCGCACGUUUUAUACCGGUGGAUCGCGUUCGCCUGCAUCGCGUUCCUGUACGUGGUGCGAGUGUACCUCGUCGAAGGAUUCUACGUGGUGUCGUACGCCCUCGGCAUAUACAUCCUCAGCCUCCUCAUCGGAUUUCUCUCGCCGCAGGUGGACCCCGAGCUUUCCGGUGGCCCGACCCUGCCUACCCGGGGCUCCGACGAGUUUCGCCCCUUCGUCCGCCGCCUCCCCGAGUUCAAAUUAUGGUACUCGAUCACCAAGGCCUUCUGCAUUGCGUUCGUUUUGACGUUCUUCAGCGUAUUCGAUGUACCUGUUUUUUGGCCGAUUCUCCUUUUCUACUGGAUUAUGCUGUGUAUGUUGACUCUAAGGAGGCAGAUCGAGCAUAUGAUUAAAUAUAAAUAUGUUCCCUUCUCCUUCGGGAAGCAGCGGUAUGAUGGAAAGAGGAAAGCUUCAACAAGUGAGAAUGAAAGUUUGCUCCCUUAAUUUGAAUUCACAGUUUCUAGAACAAUUUCUGUUUACAGUAAGCAGCAGGGAUUUCUUUCUUUUUAUCACCUUAACUUUAUCUUGUAAUCUUUCUUCUCGUUUUAUGAGCAACUUUUUGGAGGUCUUAAGUUAAAGUCGGAAAUCGUUGUAUACUAGCAAGUGAAUCCUCAGUUUUACGAGCGAAACGAAGUUGUUAUAUACACUACAAAGAGGGUAUUGUUUGCUUUUUUUUCCGUAGAACUGGAUUAUGUAAACAUUUAAAUUUCAAUAGUACACUUUUCUUU